AUCGGUAUGAACAUUUUCACAAUAACGUGGAUCAUCUUUUCCGUCAUCGUAACCAACGCCUACCCCGGCAGUCUGGUAAGUUUUCUAACGGCCGUCGUCAUGCCAACGAAGCCAGAGACAACCAAGGAUUUGCUAAAACCAAAAAUACCGUUUGCCAGCGCGGCAACCUUGAAUAAUUUGUACAAUUCCAAAGAUCCAGAUGACUAAGAGGUGUACAAGAAUUUCCAGAAUAUUGUAUUGUCCAAAUACGUAACAAAAUUUAUAUCUAAAAGUACGUCCGGGUAUAUUUCCCUGUGACAAAUGCCAAUAUCACGUUCGCAACUCCACUCAACAACUGCGUUGACAUUCAAAGGAAACGUUCAUUUUUAUAUACCGAAGGAACCAGUUCUUUAUUAUCCAACGCCAUUCGUCUUCCAGCGAGGAUCGGCUUACAUAGACGAGUUCAACCGGAAGAUAGGCGAACUCACGGAAGCAGGAUUCAUUCGGUGGUGGAUCAGUAGAAAUCAUACAGGAUCUUCUAGGAAGUCCAGUACGUCCGUGGAAGCGGCACUUAAAUUCUCGCAGAUGGCCAGUGUCUUCGUUCUGUGGUUAAUUGGCCUCCUGAGUGCCGUAAUAACCUUCCUCGACGAGAUAACGUCGAGACGUAACCGAAAGCCAGGAUCAAUCGCGUAUUUAAAAUGAGACACGUUGUUCAAGUACAGAAGAAAAACAAUUUUCUCCAUACAGUUAGUUCGACGUUCGUACGCCAGGGGGUUUCACUGUAACGUGGGGAGAUUCAAUCGCUCAUCGUUUAGCCAGAAAAUUUAAUACGUUCUUCAAGGACUUCAUCUUCCUCCAAAAGAAGAUCAAGCGGAUACCUUGUACCACGUGAUGUGGAUGAAUGAAUAUUCAUAAGUCCAAGUACAGUAGAGCCUGAAGCGACGUGUGAAGUAUUGAGGUAUUACAGGACAACCGUUCGGUAGGGUUAUGUUGUAGGAGUCGAGAUAAAAAGCCAACCACCGGCAUGAUAAGAGAUUCUCUGAUCUCUCCCUAAUUACACCCUGCGGCGAAUCAGCUGACGCUUAAUGGCAAAUUACAUUUUUGCCAGUACCGUUUCUCUUUUUAGAAUUUCAUCACGAUUGUAGCGGUAUAUGUCUGAGACUUUUCGGACACCCUGUAUAUACGAAAACGGUCUCGGCAUAUAUGCCAAACGUAUAUAUAAAUGGAGCAGUACCGUUUUCGUAUGUACAUCUACAAUAUAUAAUUCGGUAUAUAACCGUACUAUGUAAUACAUAGCUGUAUAUAGGAUACGUAGAGAACUGUCCGAAAAGGGAUUCUCGAGAUCCCAAUGGGAUUCUCUCGAACCCAAAGGACUUUCCAAGGUCCAUGGGCGUCACGUUUCCCGAUAAAUCUCGCGCCUCGGCGAAAAUUUAAGCAGGCAAACAACAACGACAGCCGCCACUGCAGCUACAGCCGUUGCCACUUUACGGCCCAUAAAGACGGAACAGACCAAAACCGACAUUUUCCUACGUUCGGCCUUUUUUGAGAGCCGAACCAAAAUGUCCCGAUCAAACUGAGAAAAUCCCUGACCAGAAGAUUUCGAGGGGGUUCGAAUAUUUUGAUCUUUUAAAAAAUUCUUUCCAUACAAUUUCCUGUGACGACAUAACCAACGUGAUAACCAACCAAAUUCAUUUUCCACAAUUUAUUCGAUAAUUUUGGUAAUACUGUAACAAAAUGGCCGAACUGCCGUUUAUGGUUAAAAAAAAAAAGAAAAUGCUUGACGAGCGCGAUUAACGUGACUUUCAGCACUGUGUUACUGGUGAGGUAGUGUA